AUGUUAGAGGCUUCCAUCUCCACUCAAGAAGUUCGACUUUUGAGCCCAUUUUUCCAGAUGUCUACUACUGUGAAAUUGUUAGAGAUUGAAGACACCACAUCGAAUGCUCAGUAUGGAGCGGCAUUACGUAGUACGGCGCAUGCGUUCGUCGAAGCCCUGGAGAUGUUCGAUGACGCGAAACGAGCCGAUCGAAAGGAUUGGAAGCUGAAAGCCGAGCAGAAAGGCGAUAAGUGCUAUAACAAGCACUUCUCCCUUGGAAAAGUCUACUACUUAAAAGUUGGUAAAGCUAUUCUUUAUAGAGGAUGGGUGAACGUGGGCGCUGGUAAAUUCACACCAAAUGCUUCGGAUCCGUCUCAAUGUGUAAUAGAGUUUAUUUUAUCAGUUGAUCUGAGGGAUAAAUUAACGCCGAAGGCGGUUUUAAGUACCGGAAUCGCUGAUACAAUGAUCAGUGACGCGAAAAGCGCCUACACACAUGUCGAGAACGAGAAAAGCGCUAAACAGAAGGAAUCGUGA